AUGUCCACCCGACAUCUAUCCAAAUCAACCAUAUUCUUCCUAAUCAUCUUCACCUUCCUAUCCAUCCUCACAUUCCUCAACUUAUCUCCCAACGGUCAAAACCUCCUUCAGUGGGUAAAUUCACUUGAAAUACUCCAACCGUCCCAGCAAUUAUUUCCCUAUGACAUCGAUCAGGAUAUUACCACUUAUCAAGAAUAUAACGAUAGGGAGGUCGAGAAAUUACAGAGAUGUUUGGAGGAUCCAGGAGAAUGUAGGAGGAAUCAGGAUAAGGUGGUUUUGGCUUUUGCACAUGCCUGGCCGGGUGCUGUGAUCGAUGGAUGGCGAGGAGGCGAAGGUGUAUGGGCGAUUUCAAUGUUCAGAGCAAUGAGGGAAUUGGGAUAUACUGUAUUACUAGGGAUGAAUGAUUGGGACGAAACACUUCGAUACUAUCGAAUGUUCCCUGAUCAAGUGAAAGUGAUCAUCAAAUCAGCUUGGAUAGACGACUGUAUCAAGGAUCCGAAAUGCAUUAGAUCGGAGGUGAAUCCUACGGGUAUACCGAGGUGGAAGAGUGAGUUCUCGAUGCAUUUCUUUCCUGAUACACAUACGAGGUUCGGACUAGAUUAUAAAUGGAUUAUCCAUGCCGAUAGACAUUUUUAUGGCGAAGAGGAGACAGAGAAACAACAAUAUAUCGGGUACUCACUCGAGGAUGAAUGUAUGAAACAUCCUUUCGUACCGCACGAUCAACGUCCCAUGGCAGCUUGGACCUUGGCCAAACAAGCUAGUUUAUUCCACCUUGGUGCAAAAGAGACAGUAUUCAACAAAUCAUAUUUCGAAUUGGCGAGCCAAGAAGCCCAACUCGAUGGAUUGAGCUUCAGAGGUGCUUAUCAGGUCAACGGAGAGUAUAUGAAGGGCUGGAUCCACGAUACACCCGUCCAAGCUCUCAACGGAGUCGUGAAUCUAGGUAAAACUGGACCCGAUCAAUUCCUCGACGAAUUGGCCAGUUCGAGGAUAUUGAUCGGUGUGGGUAAUCCACCUUUAUCACCUUCACCUUAUGUCGCUUUAUGUAUGGGAACACCGUUCUUGAACCCCAUCAAAUCGUGGGAUCCAGAAAAUCCAAAUGAUCGAUCUAAAUGGGUUUCACAACAUAAUUAUCUCAAAUGGCUUGAUCCACCAUACGUAUACAACGUUCAAGCCCACGCAUAUGACCAAUUCGUCUCUGCCAUUUCCCAAGCUAUCCAAAAUCCCCCUCCGAGGUAUGUCGAUCCUCCCAUGACGAUCAAAAAUGUCCGAAGGCGGGUGGAAAGGUUGGUGGAAAGUGACUGGAAGGAAUUGGCGAGGGAGUACAUGGAAGAGAAGAUCAAGGAAGGCGAGAAAUAUACGUGGACUCUGUAG